GAUCCUGCUGUUCCAGUCUUUGAGAUGGUGUAUGAGAAAAACCCGGUUCGGAGCAAUUUUGAGAGGCGCCUGGAAGUUAGCACGCAACCUCUGAACAUUAUUUACAACCCACAAGCCAUUAAGAAAGUCGCCGACUUCUUCUACAAGGGAAGGGUUCACACCUCAGGUUUUGGGUGUCAGUCUGAGCUCGAACUGAGAGUGGCGGAAGCUGCCAGAAGACAGUACAACAAGCUCAAAAUGCAGACCAAAGCGGAAAUCCGGCAGACGAUAGACCGCCUGCUUGUAGGGGAUUUCAUAGAGGACAGCAAACGCUGGACCGUAUGCCUUGAUAUUUCAGCCCCGCAAGUGAUCUUCCCUGAUGACUUUAAACAUGCUGACCCCGUUUUAGUGGUGAUUGAUUUAGGAAGAAUGCUGCUUACCAAUUCUCAAGAGGAGCACAAGAAGAAGAGUUUGGGUGGUCCAUCCUCGGAGCUGAGCGAUGUGAGCGAUGAUGAAUAUAGAACACCUCUGGCCACCCCUCCCAGCAGUCCACGUCCAGAAGCCAGGGGGAGAAGCGAGAACAAGACACUUGGGUUCUCAGGGGUAGAAAUCAGCGAAGAGCAACUGCAAGCCCACCUGAUGAGUAAGAAAAUGUACGAUACCUACAGCUUAUCGUUCAUGGACCUUCAGAUCAUGGUAGGGCACGUGAAAGACAAUUGGAAGUACGCCCAGGACGUCGACGUGGGCCCCACUCACGUGGUGGAGAAAUUCAACGUCCACUUGCAGCUGGAACGCAGGUUGAUCUACACCUCCGAUCCCAAGUACCCGGGAGCCGUCUUGUCGGGGAAUUUACCCGACCUGAAAAUCCAUAUCAACGAGGAUAAAAUAAUGGCAUUGAACAAUUGCUUUGGAAGGCUGACCGCCUCCGACGCUGAAACGACAAGCACUUUGCGGGCGGGGAAGGAGACGGGUUCCGCCGAUUCGGACCAGCGUGGGAGUUUGCACAGCUCCGUGGUGAAUUUGACGCAGAGCGUGGUGAUAGUGGAACAGCACACCAAGGAAGUCCUUGUAGAGUCCCAGCUGCUUCUGGCAGAAUUUCAGGUCAACUGCAUGCAGUUGGGCGUCGAAAGCAACGGCCGCUAUAUCUCUGUCCUCAAGGUUUUCGGCACCAACGUCCAUUUCGUGAAGCGGCCGUACGACGUGGAAGUGGCUCUCACGGUUCACGGCUUGCUGUUGGUGGACACCAUGCAGACCUACGGCUCCGAUUUUGACCUCUUGAUGGCUUCUCACAAGAACCUCAGUUUUGAUGUCCCCACCGGAAGCCUCCAAGACAGCCGAGCUCAUUCCCCUCUCGGUGGACCCGGCGAGACCCGCGCCAUGGACGAGAUGGCCAAGAAAAACGCUGGGCCGCCAAACGAGUUGCCUGAAGGUUUCCACCCGGAUGACGAGUCCUUAAUUAAAUUGGAAUACCAGUUUGUGAGUGCGGAGUGCCCUUCCAUGAACUUGGAUAACACCCUCCAAGUGAUCUCGGUGCAGAUGAACAACCUGGAUAUCAUUCUGAACCCAGAGACAAUCGUAGAGUUGAUCGGUUUCCUUCAAAAGUCCUUCCCAAAAGAGAAGGAUGAUUCCAGUCCUCUUCCGUUGAUGACGGAUGCUGAAAGGCGCUUCCACGAUCAGGAAACCUUCCAGUCCACCUAUGCGCAAAGCACAGAAGUCGCCGUGGAUAUCCAUUGGUUGAACAUCCUUCUCCUUAGGACCGUUACAGCAGCGAAUGGAGAAAAACUUGGCCGUAAGAUCGCAACAGCAAGCAUUGGAGGCACCAAAGUCAAUGUCUCCAUGGGCGGCCGGCUGGAUGUCAACGGGUCUCUGGGCUGCUUGCAUCUCAUGGACUUGACCCAGGACAACGCUAAAAACCAGUACGUCGUCAGUAUUGGGAACACAGGAAGGUACGAGAAUCUCAUUCGCCAAGCAGGCUGCUUCAAACCUGCGUUUCUCCAGUUUGAUGACGGAAGCCACCUCCCAGACGCCCUGAGCUUCACUUUCACGGAGCAGUCCAAAGAGGAGUGUUCGCUCCAGCUCAAGAUGGCCUCUUUGCAUUAUAACCACUCUGCUAAGUUUUUGAAGGAGAUCACCUUAUCCAUGGAUGAGCUGGAGGAGAAUUUCCGCAGCAUGCUGAAAAGUGCAGCCACCAAAAUGACCACCGUUCUCGCCACCAAGACGGCCGAAUACAGCGAAAUGGUUUCUCUGUUCGAUACGGUGCCCCGGUCGAGGGAGGGCGAAGAGGAGGGCGAAGGGGAUGAAUUUAUCCCGGCACGUUCCAAAACAGAACCUAUUAAACUUAUUUUAAACGUGAACAUCGAGUCCCCGGUUGUAUCCGUACCUCGCAAGCCAGGAAGCCCUGAGUUGCUGGUUGGGCAUCUAGGGCAAAUCUCCAUCCAGAAUUUUGUGGCCAGAGAAGACAGCCAGAGGAACGACAGGCUUCAGGUCGAAAUCAGAGAUAUCCGCAUGUAUUCUCUAAACAGCAGCCAUUUAGUGGGCAAGAAGGAAGCUGGUUCGGAAGGAUCCCAUCCGUCGCAUCCUCCGUCAAGAAGUGGCAGCACCAGCAGCAGCCAGGACGAGACGCAGUUCACUCGUCACGAUUUCUUUGAAUCCUUACAUAAAGGCCACGCUUUCCACAUUUUAAAUAAUGCUACCAUCCAGUUUGAACUGGAGAAGAUUCCAGCAGAGAGCAGUUCAGAGUUGGCGUUCUGCACGAAUGAGGAUAUUGAGAUUUCAAGCCUGAUGCGGAUUGAGGGGAAAUUUGUUACCCCUCUGCAGGUGGUUUUGGCCAAACACGUAUAUGAGCAGGUUUUGCAAACCCUUGACAACUUAGUCUGCAAUGAGGAUUUAACGAGUCCACCAUCCAGCUUUCCGUCCUCCACGUAUCCUAGCUCCGGUUCUCCUUCAGUGUCGCUCUGUAGCACGAGCGCAGACUUCUCUCUCGACAGGAAGGAAAAUGGGCUCUUUAGUCAUUCCAGCUUUGGUACGGCUGCCAGCAAAUUUGUGCCCGUCAAGGAAGCCGUGCGCCCUUUUACUCAAGUGCAAGCUACGUUUCACAUUUCCGAGCUUCAGGUUCAGCUCAGCGGCGACCUGACGCUCGGAGCGCAAGGCUUGGUCAGCCUAAAAUUUCAAGACUUCGACAUUGAGUUUGCUAAGGAUCACCCUCAGACCUUAUCCAUUCAAAUUGCCUUAGGUUCUUUGCUGAUGGAAGAUCUUUUGGAAAAGAACCCGGACUCUCAGUAUAAAAACCUCAUGGUGUCACGCGGGGCACCCAAACCUUCCACCCUGGCGCAUAAGGAGUACCUUUCCCAGUCUUGCCCAUCGGUGUCUAACGUGGAGUAUCCGGAAAUGCCCCGUUCCCUUCCUUCUCACAUGGAGGAAGCGCCAAACGUCUUCCAGUUUUAUCAGCGGCCGACUUGUGUCUCUCACAAAAAGCACAAAGAGGACGAAGACUCGGACUAUCCGUUGACUCCACCGCCGUCUCCCACGGCAGAGACGUCCGCCACCUCUUGCGGGAAGAGCGACUUUGACGAUUCCUUGGUUCACAUCAACAUAUUGCUGGUGGACAAGAAGCAUCCAGAGUUUGGCUCCCGCUACGGCAAAAUCGGCCGCAGCAUCGAUGUGGACUUCAACUGCCUAGACGUUUUGAUAACUCUGCAGACGUGGGUGGUGAUCCUGGAUUUCUUUGGGAUCGGAUCGACCGCGGAGAAUCACAGCAUGACGUUGCCGCCGGAAGACGUGUCGCACGCAGUGAGGUCGGACGCGAGCGCCUUCUCAUCCGCGGAUGCCCAAGAUUCAGUGAGUUCCAAAGUGGAUCUGAAGGUCCAUUCCUUGUCUUUAGUUCUGAAUAAAGCAACCAAUGAACUGGCGAAGGCCAACGUGUCGAAGCUCGUUACACACGUGGAGAUGAUUGAAGGAGAUCUGGCCCUUCAUGGAAGCAUUGGGAGCUUGUCCUUAAGUGACCUCACUUCGCACGGAGAGCUUUACAGAGAACGCUUCGUCACCAGCGGCAAAGAGGCACUCAUCUUUCAAGUCUACAAGUUUGGACGGCCGGACCCUUUGCUUCAGAGGGAUUGUGACAUGCGAGUCAGCCUGCGUAUGGCUUCGGUGCAGUACGUCCACACUCAGCGCUUCCAGGCGGAGCUGGUAUCUUUCAUCCAGCAUUUCACUCAACUUCAGGACGUCUUGGGUCGCCAGAGAGCCGCCAUUGAGGGACAGAUGGUGAGAGACCAAGCCCAGCGAGCCGCCAGAAUCCUCUUGGACAUCGAAGCGGGCGCUCCAGUCCUGCUCAUUCCCGAAAGCUUCAGAUCCGUCCAUCUUAUCGUAGCCAAUCUUGGGAAGCUGAAAGUGAAGAACCGCUUUCUUUUUUCAGGCGCCUCGGGCACCUUCUCGCUGAAAGAUAAGCAAGAUUCUGCUCCGCUUUCCUCCCCUCUGGGAACGCCAAAGCACAACAUGAGGAGAACGCCGAGCGAUGAGUCCAAAGUUACACCAACCUCCUCAGAAGGGCUCUUUAUGAAUUUGUCUUCCUCUGGACCCCAUCUCACCAGGGAGAAAAGUGAUCCGGCAACAUCUGCUGGGACUAAACCACCAAGAUUGUCUGCUUCAGUAGCCCCAGAACAGGCGGAGGAGCAGAACUGCCUGCUAGACUGCAUUGUGGUUGAUCUGCAGGACAUGGAUAUUUUUGCUGCUGAAAGGUACUCGAGAGAAUAUUCAAAGACUGCAGAAGAGGCCAGCACAGAUCUGAUCUUCCCUUCCUUUAUGGUCAGGCAGACUGGAGGGAGCCUCCUGACGGAGCCCUUCAGACUGAAGCUGCAAGUGGAAAGAAACUUGGACAAGGAGAUAAGCCAUCAUGUCCCCGAUAUAUCGGUCCGCGGCAUUGUGUCGUCCGUCCAUUGCUCUCUGGAUCUGAGCAAAUAUAAGCUGAUUCGGGGACUUCUGGAGAAUAAUCUAGGGGAGCCAAUAGAAGAAUUCAUGCGGCCGUACGACUUGCAGGACCCCAGAAUACACACUGUGUUGAGUGGAGAAGUGUACACCUGCAUGUCUUUCCUGAUUGACAUGGUCAACGUAAGUCUGGAAUUGACCGAUCCUCAGGGGAAACAUGGCUCCUUAGCUAGGUUUGACUUCAAGAAGUCGAAGCUGCUCUUUGAGAGUUUUUCAAACCAGACCAAAUCCAUCAAUUUGGUCUCGCACUCCAUGAUGGCAUUUGACACGCGCUAUGCUGGGCAAAAAGUGUCUGGGGGAAUGCCGAACGUCUUCAAUUGUAUCUUCCAGCCAUCAAAGAACAGCAGCUCCCAAGGGGCCAUACAGAUUGAACUCCAUUACAGAGCGACCAAGGAUUCGUCCUUCUUCACUGUUGUCUUGAACAACCUCCGUGUGUUUCUCAUCUUCGACUGGCUGAUGCUCGUUCACGGCUUCCUUCAGACGCCCAGCGAAACGAAGAAACAGCCCGGCGCCACGCCUUCCCGGCAGCGCAACGCCAGCAGUGAAGCGGCCGUCGUCCCGAAAGCCGUAGGGUGCGGAAUCGUGACCAAGCGUUCUUCUCUUCAGAUCUCUGCGGAAAAACAGUUGGAAGUCAAGAUCAACGUGACGGAUACGGAGUUCGUGGUGGUGGAAGACAUGUCCUGCUUGGAUACCAGCGCCAUUAUUUUGAAAGGGACCACCGUCCUCACGUACAAACCGAAACUGGUGGAUCACCCUUUCUCGGGCAGUUUGUCGGGCAUCGAGGUUUUUUCAUGCCGGCUGGGAAACGAGCAGGAGACAGCCCUCUCCAUCAUCGACCCCGCCCUCAUUCAGGUGGAGCUGGCGGGCAGCUCUUCAUACCCGCGGGGUUCCGGGUUAUUGGAUGCCUUCAACAGCGAAGACUUCCCACCUGUGCUGGAGAUCCAGUUACAAGCGCUGCACAUCCGGCUGUCUUACAACGAUGUCCAGUUGUUCCUGGCGAUUGCAAAGUCCAUUCCUGACCAGACCAGCAGUGCUGGGCCAGAUCCUUCUUGCUCCGAUGUCAGGGCCACACCUCCAGCUGCUUCAUCUGGGUCAUCUUGGUCCAAUGAGGUCUCCGGAGUGUCCUCGGAGACCUUAGACGCACCCAGACACACUUUGGAUCCCAUUCUUGAGGUGCAGCUGGCCCGCUUGCAAGAACUGGGAUUCAGCCUGGAGGACUGUCGGAAAGCUCUCCUGGAAUGCCAAGGUCAGCUGAAGAAAGCAGCAAGCUGGUUGUUCAAGAACGCCGAACCUCUGAAACACAUCCUUUCAGAUUCAAGUGAUCCGGAUAACCAAGGGGGAUUUGCUCUCCGAUGGAUCUCUGGGCUUGACAUUAAAGCAGAAAGCAUCUGCAUUUGCUUUAUUGAUGACUGCAUGGACUGUGACGUCCCGUUAGCUGAAUUAACAUUUUCACGUUUGAAUUUUCUUCAGCAUCUGAGAACCAGUCCUGAAGGUUAUGCCCAUUUUACCCUUUCCGGAGAUUAUUAUAACCGUGAGCUUUCAGGCUGGGAGCCAUUUGUUGAGCCCUGGCCGUGCUCCGUGUCCUGGCAACAGCAGUCGGCCAGCCGCCUCCAUCCGUCUCGGCUGAAGCUGGAAGUGAAAGCCAAGCACCGUUUGGAUAUCAACAUCACUUCUGUGUUGAUUGAGCAAUACACCCGCACCAAGCAGUCAUGGAUGGCCGAUUAUUGCAAGCAAGAGAAGGAAGUGGAAGAGGUUGAGUCCGAAGAAUGGAUCGGCUCUUCUGUGGACCCUCCCUCCUUUGGACAAGGCCUUCCUCUUGUCUACCUUAGAACUAGGAGUACAGCCAGUCUGACUAACCUAGAGCACCAGAUGUAUGCUAGAGCUGAAAUGAAGGCGCCAAAACGCAGGCAGCCUUUUGUGCCGUUCGCUCUGCGCAAUCACACCGGUUGCACUCUGUGGUUUUCUACUUUAACGACAACCCCAACUCGCGCCGCACUUUCCCACAGCGGGAGUCCCAGCGUUAUCCCUGAAGAAAACGGGACGUUUCUCGAAGGAACCCAUAAAGUCAGCGAGUGGCGUGAAGUCCUUACAGGAGAAGAGGUUCCGUUUGCCUUUGAAGCCAAAGCCAAACUGAGGCACAGGCACACCCACGAUCUAAGAAUUCACCAGUUGCAAGUGAGAGUAAAUGGUUGGGAACCAGCCAGUCCAGUGUCAGUAGACAAGGUUGGAAUAUUUUUCCGAUACGCGGCUCCUGACAAGACCACAUCUUCUUCUACUAUUGGCAGCCCCGUUAGUAGAACAAACAUCAUCCAUCCGCACGUUUAUUUCUCUUCAUUGCCUCCAGUUCGGGUGGUAUUUGCCGUUACCAUGGAAGGCAGCGCUCGGAAAGUGAUCACGGUGCGUUCGGCCUUGAUUGUGAAAAAUAAACUGGACAUCCCUAUGGAACUCAGGCUGGACAGCCCUUCCGCUCCGGACAAGCCCGUCGUGCUGCCGUCGGUGAUGCCGGGGGACUCCUUUGCCAUCCCGCUCCAUCUCACCUCCUGGCGGCUGCAAGCCAGGCCCAAGGGGAUGGGGGUCUUCUUCUGCAAGUCUCCCAUCCACUGGACGAACGUUCAGAAGACCUCCGAGGUCACCAGUAGCAAACGAGAGUGCCACGCCAUGGAGUCUGAAAACAGCCGGUUCUUCAGGUUUUGUGUGGCGAUAAAGAAAGAAAACUAUCCGGACUACAUGCCCUCCAGCAUAUUCUCCGACAGCGCGAAGCAGAUUUUCAGACAGCCUGGGCACACCAUUUAUCUCUUGCCCACGGUGGUCCUCGCCAACCUGCUGCCGUGCGAACUUGAGUUUUAUGUCAAAGGGAUGCCGAUUAAUGGGACUUUGAAACCCGGAAAAGAGGCGGUGCUGCACACAGCCGACACGUCGCAGAACAUUGAGCUUGGAGUGUCUUUAGAAAACUUCCCACGCUGCAAGGAGCUUUUGAUACCCCCCGGAACCCAAAACUAUAUAGUUCGGAUGCGGCUAUACGACGUGAACAAGCGGCUGUUGAAUCUCACCAUAAGGAUUGUGUGCCGAGCGGAAGGGUCCUUAAAGAUAUUCAUUUCUGCACCAUAUUGGCUCAUCAACAAAACAGGAUUGCCACUGAUCUUCAGGCAGGACAAUGCCAAGGUGGAUGCCGCCGGCCAGUUCGAGGAGCACGAGCUGGCCAGAAGCCUCAGCCCGCUUCUGUUCUGUUACGCCGACAAAGAACAGCCGAACCUUUGCACCAUGAGAGUCGGGAGAGGAAUCCACCCUGACGGGAUGCCCGGCUGGUGUCAGGGCUUCUCGCUGGAUGGAGGAAGCGGCGUCCGAGCCCUGAAAGUCAUCCAGCAAGGAAACCGACCGGGCCUCAUCUAUAACAUUGGGAUUGAUGUGAAGAAUGGCCGGGGUCGCUACCUUGACACAUGCAUGGUGACGUUUGCACCUCGCUAUCUGCUGGACAAUAAAUCCAUGCAUAAGCUUGCCUUUGCACAGAGGGAGUUCGCCAGAGGCCAGGGAACGUGCAAUCCAGACGGUUACAUUUCCACCCUGCCCGGUUCGAGUGUUGUGUUCCACUGGCCGCGCAACGAUUACGACCAGUUGUUAUGCGUCCGGCUCAUGGAUGUCCCCAACUGCAUUUGGUCUGGAGGUUUUGAAGUCAACAAAAAUAAUUCCUUCCAUAUCAAUAUGAGGGACACCGUAGGGAAAUGCUACUUCCUCCGAGUGGAGAUCACCCUUAAGGGAGCCACCUACCGCGUCUCCUUCAGUGAUACCGAUCAGUUGCCGCCCCCCUUCCGCAUCGACAACUUUUCUAAGGUCCCCAUUGUCUUUACUCAACACGGUGUUGCCGAACCCCGGCUGAGCACCGAAGUCAAGCCGUCCACCUCGUUAGACUACGCCUGGGAUGAACCCUCUCUUCCCCCCUGCAUCACCCUGAGCGUCAAAGGGGCCAGCUCCUCUGAAAUCACAUGCUGCAUGGAUGACUUCCAAGACAGCAAGCAGCUGUAUUACGAAAACUUCAUUUACAUUGCUGCGACAUACACCUUCUCAGGUCUGCAGGCAGAAUCAGGGAGGCCGGUGACUUCAAGGAAAAGAGUGGAUUGUGCUGAACUGGUUCUGGAUGUUUCUUUGAAGACACAGCGAGUCAUAUUAAAGAAAAAGGAGCCCGGGAAGCGUUCCCAGCUGUGGAGAAUGACGGGCACAGGCAUGCUUUGCCAUGAGGGUUCUGCCGUUCCUCACCACCCAAACAAGCCCUCCCCGCCUCGCUCUGCCGAGUCCUCCAUGAUCUUGGACAUCGCUGGACUAGCCGCAGUCACGGAUAACAGAUACGAACCGCUGAUGCUGAGAAAGCCAGACAGACGGCGUAGUACCACCCAGACCUGGAGUUUCCGGGACGGGAAGUUAGUCUGUGGCAUGCAUGGCCUUGCCGUACAGGUGAAAGGAGGGAAAGCGGGUCUACACGAUGGAGCAGAAGUUGUCCUCGGUCCAGAUACCUCCCUAGAAAUGUUGGGUCCCGUUCCACCAGAACAGCAGUUCAUCAAUCAGAAGAUGAGGCCUGGGUCAGGAGUCUUGGUCGUCAGGGUCACGCCAGACGGCCCAACCAGAGUGCUGCAGAUAACAGACUUCAGCCGACGCAGAAAUGAUCGUUUCUCCUACGAAGCCGAUGAGAUGGAGCACGACCUGAGAAGGCUGAAGAGCCCGGAUACCGAAGAAGAGCUGGAAGUCCAGCUGAAGUUAGAAGGUGGCCUAGGCUUGUCCUUGGUGAACAAGGUCCCAGAAGAGUUGAUAUUUGCAAGUUUUACCGGCAUUCAUGUCCAUUUCAUGCAGCUCUCCACAAGUCAAGUGCUCGAACUAAGCAUACAGGAUGUGCAGGUGGACAACCAGCUCUUACGGACCACUCAGCCGUUCAUGCUUUUUCUGACCCCUAAAACUGCAGAAACCGAAACGGCUGAGACGGGUCCUGCUGUGCAAUUGAAUGCCAUGAAAUUUCCCAGCAAGAGCCCUUUAACGGAUAUAUACAAGCAUCUGAUGGUCACUGCUAGCAAGUUCACCGUUCAAAUCGAGGAGAAACUAUUCCUUAAGCUCCUGAGUUUUUUUGGCUACGAUCGCUCGGAACCGGAGGUUGAAAGUUAUGAUGAAAACCUCCAUGAGAAUCCUGUCGAUCAAGGUGGAGCCCAAAAACGGUAUUACUUUGAAAACCUCAAAAUUAGCGUGCCACAGAUAAAGCUGAGCGUCUUCACUUCCAGCAAACUCCCCUUGGAUCUCAAGGCCCUGAAAAGCACUCUGGGCUUCCCUUUGGUGAGGUUUGAAGACGCCGUGAUCAACCUGGAUCCCUUCACCAGAGUCCACCCUUACGAGACCAAAGAAUUCAUCAUCAAUGACAUUCUGAAGCACUUCCAGGAAGAGCUGCUGAGCCAGGCGGCAAGGAUCUUGAGCUCCGUGGACUUCCUUGGCAACCCAAUGGGUCUCCUCAUCGAUGUUUCGGAAGGCGUUACCGGGCUGAUAAAAUACGGAAACGUUGGCGGACUUCUAAGGAACGUCGCCCAUGGAGUGUCCAACUCUGCUGCCAAGUUUACUGGGACUUUAUCCGAUGGCCUGGGAAAGACUAUGGAUAAUCGGCAUCAGACGGAACGAGAAUAUAUCCGAUACCACGCGGCAACAAGUGGUGAACAUCUCGUGGCCGGCAUCCAGGGACUGGCUCAUGGUAUCAUUGGUGGAUUAACAAGCGUGAUCACCUCAACCGUAGAAGGUGUGAAAACUGAAGGGGGAGUCAGUGGUUUUAUAUCCGGCCUCGGGAAAGGACUUGUUGGAACUGUAACGAAACCAGUGGCUGGCGCUCUGGAUUUUGCCUCUGAAACGGCCCAAGCAGUGAGAGAGACAGCCACGCUAACUUGUCCCAGGACACAAGCGGAGAGAGUGAGGAGGCCCCGGUGUUGCAGGGGUCCCCAGGGGCUCCUACCCCGCUAUUCGGACAGCCAAGCCGAAGGACAGGAGCUGCUCUUCAAACUGACCGACAACAUUGAGGACGAGUUCUUCAUAGCAGCGGAGAACAUCGACAGCUAUUACGUCAUCAUUUCCUCCAAAGCCGUUUACUUCCUGAAGAACGGGAACAACAUGGACCGAGAUUCCAUCUUCCUGGAGGUCAAGUACGACGACCUGUACCACUGCCUUAUCUCCAAAGACCACGGGAAGGUCUACCUGCAGCUGACAAAGAAAGCCGUGAAUUCCAGCAGCGGGGUGGCCAUGCCUGGCCCAUCUCACCAGAAGCCCAUGGUCCACGUGACGGCCGAGGAGCUGGCGGUAAAGCUGUCCCAAGAAAUCAACUAUGCAAAAAGCCUUUUCUACGAGCAGCAGCUCAUGCUGAGGUCCAGCGAGCAGCAGGAACAACUGGAGCUGGACUCCUGAGCCAGAGGCAGGCUCUGAUCCGGGAAAGCCGCCGCGCUCUGCUCAAGCCCGAGAAGCAGGAUCAGUGCCUGGGUGCAAACUGGAGAAACCAAGUGCCCUGAAAAAAAUAACGCCGCUUUGUGCUGUUUGGGGCCCUUAGGAUCAAAGACAUGUUUGGCAUAACAUUUAGUGAUAGGAAGAAAAAGAAAGAAAGAAAGAAAGAAAACCAAGCCUGUAUUUUCUUACCAUUUGUGUGUGUGUAUAUACUUAUACAUAUAUAUAUAUAUAUACAUAUUCUAUAUAUAUGUACAACUGUGUUUUGUGUAAAUAAGAGAAAUACACAGGAUGUCAUGAGAGUGUAGAAAAAAAAAUCUAUUUCCUGUAAAGAAAUUAAAGGAAAGGUUAUACUGCAUUUUCUAUUGCACUGAUUCUAAGCGUUUCUGGAGAGCUACUGAGGCGUGACCCUCCUAACAGGAGCGCAGGUGGGAUGCGCAGAUCUUCCGUUUUACAGAAGGCUCUUCAAGGAGGUUCCUCCAGACGGAUCAAAGCGAGAGGUCUGAUCUUACGAUGGCGGUGGAGGCAUAUUCGUUUCCAGUUUUAGCGCCGUGGUAUCCGGUCGGCAGCAGGGUCUUUUCAUCUGUUUACUCCAUGCGUUUAUUGCUAUGGUGGGAGCACAAAAUACUUUUUUAAAAAAUAAAAGUAUUCUAUUUAUUUCAAAAAUGGGAUGCUGGCUAGAGAUGAGCAUGUGUUGCGGUGCACCCUUCCAGGUUGCCCGAAUCCGUGAGGAUCCUUUUUUUUAUCGAUUCAGACCUUUUUUCCUUGCAUUUUGAUACGUUCACUUUGUAAAACCCGCCUUGAGAAAGAAUGACUGUAGCGGGAGGUUGCUGGAAAGGGAGGGCCAGCACAAUACACACCAAGUUCCCCUGUGCAAAUCUUAGCCUUAAAAAGAAAAUGGAUUGUCUUGGUGGGAGGGGGUGCACCCAGGUCUCACGAGCUGAUUCUGUUGGAAAAGAAAUUGACAUUUUAAUAAAUACCGCUGCUGUUGCU